UUCCGCAAGAUUCAUGUUAGACUUGUUAGGGAGCUCGAGAAGAAGUUUAGUGGGAAGGAUGUUAUCUUGGUUGCCACCCGAAGGAUAUUGAGGCCACCAAAGAAGGGUUCUGCUGUUCAGCGACCACGCAGCCGAACUCUUACUGCUGUUCAUGAAGCAAUGCUGGAGGAUGUUGUAUUGCCUGCUGAGAUUGUUGGGAAGCGUGUGAGGUUUAGAAUUGAUGGAUCCAAGAUCAUGAAGGUUUUCUUGGACCCGAAGGAGAGAAACAACACUGAGUACAAGUUGGAGACAUUUGCUGCAGUGUACAGGAAGCUUUCGGGCAAAGAUGUUGUGUUUGAUUAUCCUGUCUCAGAGGCUUAGUUUUAUUAAUUGCAUAUGGAGUAUGCUGGUUAAAAUUUUGGUUACAAUUUGACUUUCGAUUUGGGAUUUUUCAAAGUACUAUUUCUGGUUUCAUCGAUGUAGUUUUGAGCUUUAUUAUAAUUAUAAAUCUGAAGUUCAUUUGAUUCGAAACCUUCAA